CCCAUUCAGCAAACACCUUUACUAAAAAUGAUGUGCUUGGGAACUGUCGGAGAUUAACUGAGUGGGACACGAAUCAUUUCUCUUGCGGAUCGGGCUGUUUCAAUUGUACAUAAAAUAUACAGGACGAAUACCCGAUGUUUGCGACGUUACGAAUGGACGGGAUUGUUCCUCUGAUAUUACACAUUUUGGGUACCAUUCCAAUUGUGACACCAAACUGCCCAGCCAUAGAAACGUGUUUGUCUGAGCUGAAUAAUGAAAUAUGGAAGCCGAGGGGAGAGGAGACGAUCUGCGGAUUCUUCCUGGUUUAUCGAAACUGUAUGGAUGCUGCUGAAAUAAGCUGUAAUCUUGACCUUACGCAUGUCGAGGACAAAUUAUAUGACCAGUUUCCCAUGUGCCGUACUAAACGUUCAGGCACGUGUCCACAGAAGAAGAACUGUGAUGAUCAGUUCGAACAAACUUCAACAUCAGACAGAUGUCACGACUCGAGGACAUAUGAAACCUGUCUAUUCGAAGUGAUGCAGUCAUGUGAUCUGUCGCAGAGUGACCUUGAACCAGCUAUAAAGGCCAUUGUCGAUCACUGUGGACAACUCUCAAUCUUAGCUGCGGUAGACGGCGUCAAUAAUCUUGGUGUUUUCAUCAAGACCUUACUAAACGGUGAAAGUGGAUUAUUGGCGUGUGCUGAUGCAGAUCAGUGUAUCAGCCAAUCAAAAGCAGUGACAUUAGCGAGCCAAAGAAAAACAUUCGCCGAGCUCUGUAGUUCCCUAUGGACAACACAAAAUUGCCUGGACAAGGCAGUGUCGAGAUGUACGUCACGUGACCCCUUCUCUGAAGCUUUAUUGGACGUGGCCAGAAGUGAAAUAGAUACUCUAUGUAAAACACAUACAGGCUGUGCACGUUUGUCUCAGUGCAGCUCUUUGAUGUUGGCUGACUCGGUAAACAAAGAAAGUAUCACAGCGAGAUGCAGUUUGGUACAACAUGUCUUAGCCUGCCUCAGCAACAUCAGAACGAUUUGCCCCUUAAUUCCCCAAGUCGCCCUUUUCCGUCUACAGACGACUGUGAGUCAGUGUGAUGCGGGACUCUACACAAACGUUGGCGUCAUAUCAACAACACCUAACUUGCCGACUACGACGACUGAAUAUCUGGGAGAAAACGUUGACAUGGUCUUAGUCCACAUGUUCAGAAAACUGAUGGGCUUAAUUCAAAUCAGUUCAGUUGACACUAGAUGUGUGAACCUGACGACGUGUGUACCGUCAGACUACGACUACAUCGACGACUUGCUGCAGGGAAACUACGACCGCUUCUGCGAUACCAUGAGGGAGAUGCAUUUUUGUUUGCACGUGUCAGCGUCAAUCUGCAAGAUCUCGGACGAACUCUACCAAGCGAUGACACACUCCAGGAAGUACCUGUUCCAGACAUGCAGACCUCUAGGACUUGCUGUUGCAGCAUCACCAGGAACUUCUAUCAGAAACACAGGAUUGUGGUUUGCAGUAGCAAUCCUAGCAAGGACAACAACCUAUCUACAGUGACACUGUACAGCACAAUACCAUAUCAUCCAUCACAUCAAAAUAACACUGGUUGAUCCAA